GCGCCCCGCAUGUAGUGGCUUUUGGCGCCAGUCUUCCUCCAGUUCCACCGGGCAACUCAAUCGAGGGGCGCGGGCCCUUUAAGAGGCGAACACGGGGGCGGGGCUCAAGUCAAACCCCGCCCCGGGAGCGGAGGCGGGGCGGACCCGAGUCUCAGUGCGCCUGCGCAGUGUCCACGCGGUUCCGGGUCCAGCUCGUAGUUUCCGGAGCUGUUCGCAGAGAAACUGAGGUUCGGAGAGGGAGCGAUCGUCCCCGUAAGCCCACAGGAAACCUGUUUCCCUUCUUGGCCCUGCUGUGAAAGGCCUGACCCCUGGUCAUUGGCAGGUGAGGACGAGUAGGCUCAGAGACGUGGACAAGGUCGCGCCGCUGCGGCUGCGUCGGCGCCGGGAUUUGAACCCGGGACAGCCCAACUCAGACCUUCGAUGCCCUGUGGAGCCCAGAUGACCCACUCUUUGGUUUGUCCAGACACAGUGAGUAGGGUGAGUUCGGUGCUGAAUCGCAACACGAGGCAGUUUGGAAAGAAGCACCUGUUCGACCAGGAUGAGGAGACGUGCUGGAACUCGGACCAGGGCCCCUCCCAGUGGGUGAUACUGGAGUUUCCCCAUCGCGUCUGUGUCUCCCAGCUGCAGAUCCAGUUCCAGGGGGGCUUCUCCAGUCGCCGGGGCUGCCUGGAAGGCUCCCAGGGGAGUGAGGCUCUUGGCAAGAUUGUGGACUUCUACCCGGAGGACAACAACUCACUUCAGACCUUCCCUGUGCCAGCUGCUGACGUAGACCGGCUGAAGGUGACGUUUGAGGAUGCCACUGACUUUUUUGGCCGUGUGGUCAUCUACCACCUGCGGGUGCUGGGGGAGAAGGACAGGCAGAAGGUGGGCCAUGGACUGACUGAGGGCUGCGGAGGCACAGGCCAACCUGCAGCCUCCCCUUGGGGGCGAACUGGGGCCUCCCAGCCCUGGAAUCUGGAUGGAGGAUCCACUCGCACUGGGAAACGCAUGCCACUCCCAGAGCACAGCUGGGAAGACAGAGGCCCCCAUCCCAGAAACCUCAACUUCCCCUAAGUUUGUAAAUAUGCAUUUUGGAGGCUUUUCAGAGUCAUAAAAAUAUUUCUUAGCAAACAAUUGCCGAAUUGUGACUUUUAUGAAAAGACAAGAAGGGCUGUGAGAAAUGACUUCUGCCCCAAUAAACUCCUCGAAAGGAGGAGGGGAAAUUUCCUAAGCCCUCCAUUUCCCCCACGACCCUGAGGGUCGGUUCUAGUGAAGAUGCCCCCUUUUAUGGAUGGGGAAGCUGAAGGGGGAAGUGGAGAAUCAGCCUGGGGUCUGCCUGCGGCCCUGGCUCCCACACACCUCCUGCCACGGAGAGGGCUGCCCCCAUGGCCUCAGGCACAGUGGCCCAGCCUCCUCCCUCCUGGCGUCCUCACCCUGCCAGGCCUCUGAGUGCACUGUUCUUCCAGCCUGAACCAUCUCCUCCCUCCCCUUGGGUCCCCAGGAAGCCCUCCCUGCCCCCCACCCCUCCUUGGGCUGGGCCAGGGCUCCUUUGAGCCUCCCACCCGCAGUGCCCAGGUUGCCCUGAGAGCUGAGACUAGGACAUGCCCAGGCCAGGUGCACAGUGGCACUCGACAUUUGCUAACACAAACAUUCUCACUGCCAGCGUCUGACAGCCGAGGGGGAUGUCCCGUGUACCCCUCUGUGAUCACCCUGCCUCCAGCACCCUGUCACUGCCCUGCAUGUCUCAG